AUGGCUACUUCGUACCACACUCGGUCAAACAGCUUGCCCUCUAGGCCACACCCAUUUUCCUCAGAUUUUGAUGAGAAUUUGCACAGAUUAAAGGCCUCUGAAUCAGCUUCAACAUCUUCAUCAUCAAUAAGCCAAAGACUUAAUGGCCUUCAAGACUUGUAUGAUUCGGUUGAUAGGUUGCUUCAGUUGCCCCUUUCUCAACAAGCUUUAGCCCAAGAGCUACAGAAGAAGAAUGUACAAAAGUUUUUGGAUGGAUCUCUAAUCCUCUUGGAUAUUAGUAGCACGGCUAAGGAUUCCUUGUUGCAAACAAAGGAAUGCAUACUUGAACUGCAGUCAAUCUUGCGUAGAAGACGGGGAGGUGAAUUUGAAAUCGAUGAGGUUAAGAAAUACUUGAGCUCUAGGAAAGUUGUGAAAAUGGCCAUUCACAAGGCCCUGAAAAUUUUGAAGGGUGCAGAAUGCAGCUUUUCUACCUUGGAUGAGGACCUUGAGACCAAGGCCAUGGUUAGCAUGCUAAAGGAGACGGAAGCGAAGACAAUCACAGUGCUUAACUCUAUGUUGUCCCUUAUCUCAGGACCAAAGGCUCAAUCAAAGAUUAGCAGCUGGUCAGUGGUUUCCAAGCUAAUUCAAUCCAAAAUAAUAGCAUGUGAGAAAGAGGAAAAAGAUGUAAAUGAGUUUGAUAAGGUGGAUGCAGCACUGCAAUCAUUCAUCGGUCUCAAGACAAUCAAAUCCGAUAACUUCUUCCAUGUUCAAAACCAGCUAAAAGAGUUGGAAUCAAGCAUUCAAGAUCUUGAAGAAGGAAUUGAGAGCUUGUAUAGGAGCUUGAUCAAAAACAGAGUCUCUCUCCUCAACAUCCUCAACAACUAGCUUAGAACAUGAUGAUGUAGUCAUACUUGUA